AUUCGCAUUGGUCACCGAAGCCCGAAUAUUAAAGUCUGGAACCAUCCAGAACUCUCUUGAACUCAUUUUUUAACAAGCGUUCAGGCAGUUCUGCACCGGCUUCAUUUCCAAGUGGUACUUUGUGCUGUGCAGUCGAAAGUUUUUCUUUAUAAAAAGUUUAUUCCAUCAAAAAGAUCCAAUUUGGAAAAGUUUGAUUCGUCAGCUAUUAUCCAUCACAUUUGUUUUUGUGAAGCUAAUUACAUCUUGCCUCUUGGCUCUUGCUGAAGACAGUAACGUGUCAGAGGAUUACACACCAGAGCGUAUAUUCAAGUGUGACGGUUCAAGCCAUACAUUAACUUUCUAAAAUCUGUUAUUGAACCAUAUAUUUUAUAUUGGUUUAAAAGAAGAGAUCUCUUCACUUCACUAACACACAAUGGCAUCUGGCUCCAGUUUUUCUGGUGGAGACUUCAGACGCAAGUGGGACAGAGAUCAAUAUGAAGAGCUUGCUAGGAAGCGGCUGCGUGUGGAGCAAUGUGAAGCAUUAGGUUAUGAAGCAAGAGGAGCCCCUGUAAAGCGUGAGACACUCAAGCAGCGAGACUACAACAUUGACCUCAACUCCAGGCUUUGCAAGAGUCAGUUUAUCACAAGAGCAACUCCAACAUCUCAGUCUGCAGGAUAUUACUGCAAUGUAUGUGACUGCGUCGUUAAAGAAUCCAUCAAUUUCCUCGAUCACAUCAAUGGCAUAAAACAUCAGAGAAAGCUUGGAAUGUCUAUGGAAGUGGAGCGUUCCUCUCUGGACCAGGUCAAAAAACGUUUUGAAAUGAAUAAGAGAAAAAUGGAAGAGAAGGAGCAGCAGUACGAUGUAGAGCAGCGAUUAAAGGAACUUGAUCAAGAGGACGAGCGGAUGCGUGCGUACAGACGAGAAAAGAAGAAAGACAAGAAGCGCAAGGCCGCACCUGUUGAAGAGUCUGAAGUUGAUCCUGAAAUGGCCAAUUUAAUGGGAUUCGGAGCUUUCGGAUCUAGCAAAAAGUCUGGAUUGUGUUCAAUAAUAUGUACAUAAAAUAAGCGCUGUUUUUUAUAUAAAUAUAUUCGUGUAAAUUUCAA